CCCUCCAGGCGGGUCUGCUGGGUUUUCUGCAGCAGUUAUAUUUUCGUAAAUUUCCCCUGGCUUUAAGCCCGCGGUUUUAAGUUUUGAAAUGCUCUUUCGAUGUCAACCUUUUGAAAACGCCCGUUGUUUGUUGCCGCAGUCAGGUUGAUUCACUAUGGCCGAUAACUUUACCAUCGAGGCGUUUACCCUUCUGAGCUUGGCGGUGGUAGUCAUUGUGAUACGCACCGGUGCCCGGUUGUCUAUGGUGGGCAUCCGCAACUUUCAAGUUGAUGACUAUCUCAUGCCGCUGGCGGCCGUGGUCUAUGGCCUUGAAACCGGCGCUGCAUAUAGCGUUGGGGCGAAAUGGAAAGGCCUCGCGAAUAAUUCCAUGACGGACGCCCAGCGGCUCGCCCUCAGUCCGGACUCUGAGGAGUUCCUUUUGCGUGUAGGGGGUUCGAAGACGCAGGUUAUGGGCUGGUCCUUGUAUACGCUGCUGUUAUGGCUGCUCAAGACCUGUAUGGCGGUGUUUUAUUCGCGUCUGACUUCUGGGUUGAUGAACAUGCAUCUCCGUGUGCGCUUGGCCUAUGUUUUCAUUGGCGUCACGUACAUCGCCGUCAUCUGUUCGAUUCUCUUUGGAUGCCAUCCUAUGCAUAAGAACUGGCAAAUAUAUCCCGACCCAGGCAAUUACUGUCAGCCUGCCGUAUCUUCAAUCGACGUCUUCGUGACUGUCACUCUCAAUGUUGCCACAGAUCUGUACCUCAUCAGCAUUCCUGCUCCGAUGCUCUUCAAAGCUCGUCUCCCCUGGUGGGAAAAGUGUGAACUUCUCGUCCUCUUCAGCGGUGGUUUCUUCGUCAUGGCCGCUGGUAUUCUGCGCUGUGUAUUGAUCGUCACGGCCGGUGCCAACGGCGCCCAACAAGCCGGUAGCUGGGCCUGCCGAGAAACAUUCGUCGCCGUCGUCAUUGGAAACAUCCCCAUGAUCUACCCCGUUGUCCGCCGAAUUGCUCGCCGUGCCAACGGCUACCUCUCGUCCUUUGGCGGCAGUACCUCUGAUAACCUCUCCCAUCCUCUAUCAGAGAACCGAUACCAUACCGACAAGUCGGACCACAGCCGUCGCAAGAAGUUCCGCCAUCCGCUCUCCCUCCCUGGUGAAAGCCAAUGGGCCAAUACUAUAAACAAUGAUGAACAAAUGAUUUUGCCGACAUCCAGACAACACCCGCCUACUUGCGAGUCGAAUAUGCAUGAUCAGGAUUGGGAUGCGGUGAGCCAGCGCAGUCAGGACGGAAUCAAGGUGGUCCAUGAGACCAUCGUUCAGAGUAAGGCGAGAAAUAUGGUUUGAAAAAAAAAAAAAAAAAAAAAAAAACUUUCCUUUGUUUGGGUUAAAAAGGCAUAGGCGUUAUAUGGUUGGUGAUUGAUUCAGGCCGGAUACAGGCCAGCUACACGGAGGAUGCAUAUUUAGGGCUUUCUUUUGUUCGAUAUACCCAUUACAGAACUAUACCAGUGU